GCGCAUGAGGGGGCCAGUUCGGCGAGGGUGCGGCCUCUGGGAGUGGGGCGGCGACGCACCUCCCCAGCGUUUGCUGGGGUCACUCAGGAGCCUCGCGGCAGCCUUGUGGCCCACUUGGCAAUCCGCUCCCUGCUUCUCGCGCCCGCCUCCUCUUGUCACCUCCCGUCUCAGCCUCCCUGCUCCAUCCCGGCCGAAUCCACAGCCAUCCGAGCGCCUCAGAGAGCGAGAGGUGGUGCGUGGGGCUUCAGAGCGCGCCCUCAAGCGGACCCCGGCUCCGCCUUACGGGGCACGGGCAGCGGCAUGGACACCAAACGAUGCUUCGCCAACCGCUUCGAUGACUACCAGGGCAGCCUGCUGGCGGGCCAGUGCGAGGAAGCGGUGGCGCCUUUGGUCACCGCCACCAUCGAGCGCAUCCUCCAGGAGCUGCCCCCGCUCGGGGGUGGCGCUGAGACCCGGGGGGCGGCGGCCGCGGCCAGCAGCUGCCAGGGAGGGCUGUACGGCGGAGUGGCCGGGGUGGCCUACAUGCUCUACCACGUCUCGCAGAGCCCGCUCUUUGCUGCGGCCCGGGAGCGCUACCUGCGGUCAGCCAAGCGCCUCAUAGACGCGUGCGCUCGCGCGGAGGAAUGGGGCGAGCCGGACGCCGAUACCCGCGCCGCUUUCCUGCUCGGGGGCGCGGGCGUGUACGCUGUGGCCACGCUCGUGUACCACGCCCUGGGCCGGUCCGACUACGUGCAGCCGCUGGGCAAGUUCCGGGCUCUGUGCGCCGUCUGCGUGCCGGUCUCCUUCUUGGAGUGCGGUUCCGACGAGCUCUUCGUGGGUCGAGCUGGCUACCUGUGCGCCGCGUUGGUGCUCAAGCAGAAACUCGCCCAGGAGGUGCUGACCCCAGCACAGAUCAAAUCAAUUUGCCAGGCGAUUCUGGACUCUGGGAAGCAGUAUGCCAUGAAAAAGAGGAAACCGUUUCCCCUGAUGUAUUCUUACUAUGGAACAGAAUACUUGGGAGCAGCUCAUGGCCUGUCGUCCAUUCUCCAGAUGCUUCUUUCUUACUAUGAGCACCUCAAGCCCUCAGAUCAGGAGCUGGUAUGGCAGAGUGUGGACUUCCUCAUGGAGCAGGAGCAGAACUGCAACUGGCCACCUGAGCUCGGCGAGGCCAUCGAGAGAGAGAACGAGCUGGUACACUGGUGCCACGGCGCCCCAGGAAUUGCCUAUCUGUUUGCCAAAGCUUAUCUCGUUUCCAAGAAACCACAGUACCUGGACACAUGUAUCCGGUGUGGGGAGCUCACAUGGCAGAAGGGCCUACUAAAGAAGGGGCCAGGGAUUUGCCAUGGCGUAGCUGGCAGUGCCUAUGUCUUCCUGCUGCUGUACCGGCUCACAGGAAACUCUAAGUACAUCUACCGAGCCCAAAGGUUUGCUGAAUUUUUAUUUACUGAGGAAUUCAAGGCUGGUUCUCGAGUCCUUGAGAGUAUAUACAGCUUGUAUGAAGGCUUCUCCGGGACGGUGUGCUUUCUGAUCGAUCUGCUGCAGCCCAGUCAGGCUGAGUUCCCUCUCUUCAGCAUCUUUGUUUAGAAGGCUCCAUCUCCUACUGUGGCCCUACAGAAGGUCCCUGAGUUUUCCUGAGCCUACCUGAGGCAGUUUCCACACAAGCCACAUUCAAUGGUAUCACAACCAUGAGCCUUAACAUUACUGCCUGAAGGAAGGAAGGAAGGAAGGAAGGAAGGAAGGAAGGAAGGAAGGAAGGAAGGAAGGAAGGAAGGAAGGAAAGGAAGGAGGCAAGUGAAGGCAACCUGAUACCAGACUUAAGGGAGGAUGGUCUGAGAACCUGCAAAAUAAAGACACCACAAAACUCUUCUAAAAAGCAUAGAGAUUGAAUAUUUCAGGGACUGGAUGACACCAGAGAUCAGAGGAGAAAGAGAAAGAGAAAUCAUCUUUUAUUCAGUUAGGGCAUAGAAAACAAAACGGAAAUGUGGACUAUGGCAAUAAAAUGCCAAUACUUUUGCAAAUGGAGAGAGAAUUUGACCAUUUUGGGGUUCCUUCCAUACCUAAAUUCAGAAAUAAAGACAAUCUGAAGCUAAAAUAAUUGCCCAGCUGAAAACUGCUAGGAGGGAUGAAGUGUCAGCUUGCUGAAGGACAGAACGGGAACUCUUGGCUAUCCUAUGCCUUUAGUUAUUAAAAUUCAUGAUUUUUACUGAGUGGAGAAAUUUGCAUAUGAAUCUAUUUUUAUCAUUACUCUGGGCUCUUGAAAGAAACCAUAUCAUAACUCCAUUUAAACCCUGAAAUAUAAUUUCCUUAAGUCUUAGAGCAUCUCUUUUCCUGGUUGCUUUUUCUUUCCUAAAGCUCAAUUAGAAUAGUAAAAUCCAUAGGCUAGCAAAUAUUGUAGCAAAUGUUGCUGUCAAAUGUUUUUCUCCAUUUGAAGUGUGAGCUGUUAUUGUCUAUUGUCAUUUUUUAGAUGCCUAUAUAAUCCCUAUGAAGCUAUUUGCUGAACUGUAAAAUACACUUCUGGUAAAAAUCACUAAUCUCAAAGAUCAGGGUAACCAUGACAAAAGUGUGAUGUGUCUGCCUUUGAUGGAAUAAUACUGCAUCCCCUGGAACAGGCAGACACUUGCUGAAAAAGGAACUAGUGAUUGUGAAAAGAACGUUGCUCAGUUUUAUACUGCUAGAUUAAGAGAUGAGUGAACUCCCUGGCUAAUCACCUUAUCUUCCAAGACACAGGCUCCACUAGAAAUUGUCUACAAUACCCACUGAGCCAAGUUGUCACGUUAAAUUCAACCCUGCUGUAAACACAUAGAAGUUGUAAAACGACUUCAAGGAAAUAGUGGUUUGCAGAGCACUAUAGGAGCAUCUGUCACUUCAAUACUCAGAACACGAGUUUAUCCCUUUCCUAGAACUUGGUCACUGGCAAUUUCAUGUAUCAGAGUGGAGGAGGAAGUUAUAUACUGUAUAAGAUUUAAGAAUUAUUUAAAUAGUCAUUUAGUACCUGGGUAUGUGUAAAUAUUUUACAUCUAUCCCCAUGUACAUCUAAGUACUUAUUUAGUUCAGUAGUUCUUCAUGAUUCACAGAUGAAUUUUGGGAGGAGUUGGGGAGUACUCUGUUGCCAAAAAGUAUUUUUGGGUGUGCGUGUGUGUGUUGUGUGUGUAUUGGAAUGUAUGCAUGUGCCCGUGUGCAUAUGUUUUGUGUGUGUGUGUGUGCUCAUGUUUCUGGGAAGAGGAUCUCUAGUAUUCAUAGGAUUCUCAAAGAAUCUGUGACUGAAGAAAGGUAAGAACCUUUGUAUAUUUUGUGACUGUUUAUGUUUGCACACAUCAGAACAAACGGGGACAAAAUGGUUUUGAAAAGCAUCUACCUGUUUAGCUUCUUGUUUUAUUUUCACAUCCUCAGAUAAUAAAUAUAUAAAAUUGGCCUCAAUUGUUUAUCUUUGAGAAUACUCAGGUUGGGGGCAUGCCACAUAGGUAGCAGGUUUCAGAGGACUCCCAAAGUUGGAUUCGACAAGUUCUUUCAAGAAUAAUGAAGGACCUCUCAGAAAGCCGUAAGACAAAAUGCCAUCAACAAUGUAGGCUCCUUUUGAAAUGAUAGUGGUACCUGCUUUUCACCAUCUGGUUUUAAAUUCAUUUCAUUUGACCCCUAUAGGCUGAAGGUUAUACGCACCCGAUGGACAGGGCUUUAUGGAACCACAUGCUUUUUUCAUCAUCCAGAAAGACUUCGAGGUGCUUUAGGGAAUUAGUUCAAAGUCUCAGAGCUAGGAAGGGUAAGCAUGAAGAUUCAAAUCCGGGUUUCACUUCCCAAGUGUAUUUAUUCAUUAUUCUAGACUAGAAUCUGGGGAUAUAGCAGUGAACAAAAAACCCCCGGGAGUUACCUUCUGUUUCUGUUUGCGGAUCCACCGUUCAUCCUUGAGACCUAAAGCCUAAAGCACGAAGAAGUGAUACUGUAGCUCAACAUAUCAGUUUCAUUUUUAGGAACUUCAGAAAAACUGGACUCAUUCUUGCUCACCUGCCCUUUCAAGGUCCACUAGGGUAACUGACGUUGUAUUGACCAUUGUGAAAUGCAACCCUUUUGUGUGUCAAAUCCAAGCAAAGGCCAUGUUUGAGUGUGUCUUUAUGAAUUGACACCUCGGUAAAUUGGAAGCCAGGGUAAGCUUGUUUAGCACUUAAACAUGUUUUAAGUUUUAAUUUUCCUGAAAGAGUAGAAUUAUAGGUUUGGGAGGGUCCUCUCCUAUCUUGUUUUCCCAAGAAGGGGAAAAAAAUACCCCUAAAUGUUGCUAUAAAAAGAAGUGUGGCAGGUCACUUCUUAUUUAAUUAACUAAUUUGUUCCCUUCUGCAUUAUUUUUGAGCAGUGCUCAAUCAAGUAUGUUGCCUCUUGAAGAUUUUGGGGCAUUUUCACCACAACUAGUAUAACUUUAAUAUUAUUUGCUAUAUGUAACAUGAACUAUUGUAAACCCUGAAGGUAACAGUGGAAAUAUUUGAGGAUAGAUUGAAAGAAUCUCUUAAAAAUGGGGAGACUGCAUUAUUCUUUGAGAUCACCAAGUUUUGGGGACAUAUUACAACUUUGUGUAUUUUGUUGCACUAACACAAUUGUGUACCUUGUUUCCAUAUGUACCCUAAAAUAUUAUAUAUCUUUAUUUUGCCCAAUCUCAUAUCAGUCAUCAGUUUUUACUUUUCUUGUUCCAUUUGUAACCGAGUAAGUGAGAACAGAGAUUGACAGCAUGUGUUCCCCUGUGAUUCAGUUAACUAACUAAUUAUUAAGUAAUAGUAUUCACUUUCUGAUAACUUAAGAAACAAUCAUUUUCUUGGUCUAUGCUAAAUUGGAACUCUUCCAUGGCAAUUUAUAUCUUUAACUUUCUUUGACGCACUAAGAUUUAAUUAAGGUAGUACUCAAAUUGUGUAAAUUUUUGUAGAGAAAAAAUCUUAAUAAUUUCAGUGCAACAAACUGAAGUUUGUGAUAUAGCCAUUUUAAGGAAACAUGAUUAAAAGUAAACAAAACAAAACAUUAGUAAUACAAAGAGCCCUGUGUUGGAAAUCUUAAAGUCUUUCUCUGCCACUUCCAUGGGUAAUAAUGAUAAUAAUAAUAAUAAUAAUCACCCUCUCCACCUCACAGGGCUGUCAUGAGGAUUGUCAAUGAUGAAAUGGAUAUGACAGUUUUAUAAUAUGCAGGUCCUUUAUAUAUUUAAAGGGGGAGCUGAAUUUUAUGUACCGAUUGCAAUGCAUAGAAAGUCAUGCUCAAUUAUGACUUCAAAUAAGCAUUUUAGCCAAAUGGAAUCUCUAUACGUGGAUGCAGUGCUUGGGGUCUGGAUCACUUGAUGGGUAAAAACAAAGUGUCCGUUUUUCAUUUUCAAGAACCAAUCCUGACUAUGGCAUUUGUGCCUCAGAGGGUUCUGAUUCCCUGAGGAAUAAUAGGCUGGGUUAGCUCAAGAGCUCCUUUUAAUGCAAAUAUUUAUUUUGCUUGCUGGAAACAAACAAUUCCAGUCCAGUAGUGUGAGAAAAGGAGUUGGCAGGCUCUGUAGAUCUACAGAGCAAAAAUGGACUGGGAACUAAAGUAUUUUUGGUUGAGUUUGGUCUGCACUUUAAUUCAGGCCUCAGAACUGCAUGACAUAUAGUGAUAGAAAUAGACUCUCAAUCACAUAUAAGGCCUUCCUUUGGGGACCUUGCUUAUUUAUUCAACACUGGUCUAAAUGAAUAGCUAAAUAAGUAAGCCUCAUAUUCACCAAAGCCAUGUGACCUUGGCAUAGACUUGGCAAGGAAAACAAAUGAGAAGGCAGGCAAAAGGUGGGGGAGAGCUUGCUACAGCUCAGCAUCUCAGCAUAAGUUGUGAAUGCAGGUUUAAUGGGUUUUAUUGCUUCCUGGGACCUCUAAUGCCCCCUCCCUAACUCAGCAACUUCUUGUCCUCCUCCUCUUUUAAUAGUAUAUUCUGAUGUUUUUUCCUGUGUCUGCUUAAUUAUAUGACAUACUUUCUCCUAAGAGGGCAGGUUUUCUCCUUAUCUCUUCCAUCCAUGUCAAUUUGUAGCUAAGAGCUACAGGCUCAAUAAGGCAGGACUCCAGUCUGGCCAGAAGGGUCGACCUCAAGGUCAGCAGCAGCAGGAGUUGGGCCCAUUCUGCAGUAGAUCACAGGUCCAGGACAAGCCACCCCAAGUGCAGCUGUGCAUGAGAAUAUAAUGGCGACUGCGUUUAUCCUGCUUCUCCUCCUGGCCAUUUUGUUUGUACUGUUGUGAGGAAAGAAAAAGUUGAUGAUGACAUUAAAUAUCUGGGCCUCUUGCAUUAUCAUAAAUCUCAUACUGGGGGUGCCCUCUCCUGGAUUCUUUCAUUGAAAGUGCUAAUAAAUAGAGGCCUAAUGAAGGAUGCCUUUAGGGUUUAAAAAAUAUUUGAUUUUAGUAAAGUCUAAAACACUCCAUUCCCACCUACACCCUUCCACAGAUGGCAGUCUCUUAUCUGCAGAAUUUCCUGCAUCUUCUUUUGCCUUUGUGUACCAGUUACUUACCCCUCUGAACUGAAUUUGAAAAAUUAUUUAAAAUGAAAACCAAAUCAUCCAUAUUUUUGUUAUUUGGGGAGGGGGGUUGUUAGUUUGUUAGUGAGCAGCAUGGUUAAAAGAGCAGACUAGCUUUUCUCUGCCUUGCCUUUCUCCUGUCUGCACAAUAUGGAGGAAAAGGAGGGAGAGAGGGAGAAAAAAUACACAAGGCUUGACUGUCAACUGUGAAAAUGGUUUGCAGAUACCUCCUGUUUGUUUUCCCUUUGGCUUUUCUUAGUCCCUGUAGGACUCUGUGUGUGUGUGUGUGUGUGUGUGUGUGUG